AAACCGCGUCAUUACAUAACGCGCCAUUAUUGAGUCGCUCCACUAGCCAGCUGUGUCGCCAAGGCAACGACGUUGUUUACAUCUCGGAGACGGUUGGGAGCGCGGAAAGAUUUUUCUGUCGUUUUCGAAACCAUCGCUUUCCCGAUCCGAUCGGUAUCAGCUAUGCCAAAAGAAGAAGGUCAGUCAUCGACGAAGGACAAGGCGGGCAGCGGAGGAGGCAAGCCGGGCCUGCUGGCGUCCAUGCUGAACCCGUUCCGGAAGCAGGCCAAACCGGAGGCAGUGCAGGGACUCAUGGCGGCGGCAUCGUCCGAAGAGGGACCCGCGCACCGGCAAGCCGAGGACGAGGAAGAGGACGACGAAGAGGACGAGGCUGAGGACGAAGACGAGGAUGAGCCGGUGAUCGCCGUGGAAGGGUCGUACGACCCGACCGAGUUCGACUCCCUGGCUGUAUCGGCUGAGAUCAAGGAGAUCUUUGGAUUUCUCUGCAGGUACACGCCCCAGACGGUCGAGCUGGACCAGGAGUUGCGGCCGUUCGUUCCCGAGCUGAUACCGGCCGUGGGCGAUAUCGACGCCUUCCUCAAGGUGCCCCGACCGGACGGUCGCGCGGACACCGUCCAGCUGGGUCUGCGCGUGCUGGACGAACCGAGCGCGCAGCAGUCCGACCCUUCCAUCCUGGCCCUCAGGCUGCGCGCCCUGUCCAGGGACGCAAGACUGGCGGCUACCAGCAAGGCCGUGGUGAAGAGCGUGGAGAAGCCGGAGGAGCAACCCCGUGAGAUCGAGCUGUGGCUCCAGAGUGUCCAGGAGCUGCACCGCGCCAGGCCACCGCCCACCGUGCACUACACCAGAAACAUGCCGGACGUGGAAUCGCUGAUGCAAGAGUGGCCACCCGACUUCGAAGAAAUGCUCGCCGAGGUGCAAGUGCCGACCGCAGAGCUGGAGUGCUCCCUGGAGGAAUACGCUACCAUGGCCUGCCUACUGAUGGACAUCCCGGUGUACAAGGGCAAGUUGAUCCAGUCUCUGCACGUCCUAUUCACUCUGUUCACCGCCUUCAAGAAUUCACAGCACUUUGGUGCAAUGGGCAUCGGCACAGGAGGCACCGGCGGUGGGGGCAAAGCUGCCGUCGAGGACGCUGACGCGGAAGGAGUGGACCGUCUUGUGCUCUGAGUCCCCGAUGAAAGUGCCCACAGUGAAGAUCGACACCGCGAUCUUAGAAGGAAUUCAAGAAUGGAGUUAAUUCGCGAUGGCGGUUGCACAAGUAAUAAUAAAAUGAGGUGUUAGUAUACACUAUAG